AUGGUUCAUUACCAGGAUGGAGGUGUCCCCGGACGUAGACGAGUUUUGACUGGUGCUGCUGCUGAGACGACGUUCAACGACCUUCCUAAGAUUGACUUCCGACGCUUAUAUUCCAACAACCUAUCGGAUCGCCAGAGCUUAGCAUACGAGAUGGGCGUGGCGUGUAGAGAUGGUGGGUUCUUCUACGCCGCCGACCACGGAGUCGAUGAGAGUCUACUGGACGACACGUUUGAUGCCCUGAAGAGGUUCUUUAACCUACCAAAGGAGGUCAAGAUAGAAGUGCGCAACCAGAAGAGUCCGAAAAUCAGAGGAUACAAAGGUUUUCUGGAAGGCAAGCUAGACCCCAGCACCAGGGGAGACCUGAAAGAAGGCUUCCCCAUGGGCGAAGACGCCACCCACACAGAACAAAAUAUAGCCAUCACACCUUCCACUUCUGAACCCCGAAUCUUCGCACUUGCCCUUAAUCUCCCCGAAACAGCAUUCGACGCCAUUACCACGCACCCCAUGACCAACGUGCGCGCAGUCCACUAUCCGCCCCAAGAAUCAGAGUCUGAUGUCAGCAUCGGUGCGCACACGAACUUCUGCUGGUUCACGCUGGUGUGCCAAUCGCACACAGCUCAGCCGGCUCUCGAGGUGCUCAACGCGAAAGGCAUUUGGGUUCUUGUGCACCAUGAGCAGCACACUUUCGUUGUGAACAUUGCGGAUUUUUUCAAGCUGGUGACGGAGAGGUAUAGCACGCUUUUUUCCUUUAGCCCUGAUGAGGAUGCAAAGGUCAGUGUUUUGGAGCAGUUCAGGAAGAAGGGAGAAGUGUAUGGAGAACUCGGUGUGGGAGAGUACUUCCAGAAGAGACUGGAAAUUGAUCGGAUGACGCAUUUAGACGGGGAAGAAUGCGAGAAGAAGGGAGCAUUGAGAGUGGGUGGGCGUUGA